AAUCCAGUCUCCUACACAGCACUCAAUUGACUGCAAGUAAAGAAGUAGAAAUAUGUAUGGUGAAACACUGGCGAGUGAAUCGAGAGGAGAAAUAUGAAAUAGUUGAAAAGUGGUUUUUGAAAGAUCUGGAGAUGAUUGAUGGAAAAGAAGCAGAUACUGAUAAUCCAUAUUUUGAUAUGCACUUCCACAAGAUCUACAAUAUGGAAGCAUAUAGUUGUGCAUCUAAAUAUACCUUUGCUCGAACACUAAGCAAUCUGAAUGCAAUGUACCUUAAGAAGGACUUGAAGAUUGUGAACUUUGAUGACACCUACCUAAAUGAUGAUUCAAUCUGGUCAUCCAGUAAUAGGGAUUGCUUAGUAGUUAUGAGGAUGUGCUUCUAUGCUUCCAACCUUUUAUGUCUCUCCCUGUGUCCUUUGUCCUGAGGAUGCAUUUUCUAACAUUAAGGUGACUGGUUGACUUUCACUGACCAGCAUUUCAUAUACCAUCUGAUCAAAAAGAUAGUAAGUGAUAUGCAGUAUCUGCUUUUUAGGUUUACAUGUAAGUAAAAAAUGGAGCGUACUUUUUACAUAAACAAUUGACCAUUUAUAUAUAUUGGGAGGGCCUCACUCUAGCAAAUACUUACAAAUACAUGAGACUCACAAGGUAGAACCAGUAAUUCUCACAGUCAGUAGUGAUUGCUUUUGUAAGUAGAGUUCAGCAUUUUCUCAUAUGUUUAUGGAGGUAUAGAUUAUCUUUCAUUAAUAGCUAAAAUCAUUUUACAGCAUUAAGAGCAUAAACAGUUAAUUUGUGUCCUAGAAGUAGAAAAAAGAAAGCAAUCAAUUGAGGUCUGUAUAAGAAUGAUGCACAUUUCCGUUUUCAAAUGUGUUAAAAUGCAGAACUCCAUUAAAGAAAUCUUACCUACAUCCGUAUAAGAAUCCAACCCUCAUCCUGAUGAAUCGGAGUAUUGCAUUUAGGUACCAUGGGACCAACCUUUUACCUAUGCAGUUAUAUUAUUUUUCCUAUAGAACAUUUAGUGUGCCCUUUGGCCUUCACAUUUGUGGUACUGUCCUAGAUAAUAAAUGUUCUUAAGCAGCAUUGCUUUAUUUGUCACACCUUUCAGAACUUUUGUAUCAUUAAGUUCUCCUUUCUAGCACUUCAGUGCUUAUAAACAGGCAAGGUUAAGGAACAGAAACUGUUUAUGUCUCUGCCUCUGGACCAAGAGAUAACAAGGUACUAUGUAAACAAUAGUCGUUGGCUACUACACUUACUUUGUAGGACAGUGAUAGACUUUUCAAAAUUCAUAGAAUUAUGAGAGUUAUUUUCACCAGUUUUUAGCUAAUGUUAGCAUAUUCGGUGCGCU